AUGUGCAUGUCACUUGAGGCCAGGCGCAGUUAUUUCAAACAGUGGGCUCCAAAGAUGAACUUUAAAAAUUGGAUCAUUCUCAAUGGCAAUAAGUAUAUGAGUGGGGAGUCUCUGAUUAUUGUAGAUUGUUAUGAAACAUUGAAUUUUGAUAGACUAAAUGAAGUGGCAGUUCCUACCCUUGCCCAGGCAACAGAAUUGCUCCAUGACGUUGUAGAUUACACC